AUGGCAGGGAGCAAAGUGGAAAAAUGCAAAACUAUAGAAUCCCAACCUCUGGGUACGAGAUUGAUAGAUUCCCUGUAUGCAUAGAUACCUCGGCGACUAGUAGUGACGUAUACUGUUGUACUUCCAUAUAGAAUUUUGCACAUCUUGUGUAUUCAUAUAUCAAUAACUCGAUUAUUUCGUAUAUUUAGUAGUUGAGUAUUUCUAUAUAUUUUAUUUGCAGCUUUAGUGUUUGUUUACGACUAUCAUCCUGGUGCAGACACAAUUCUACAGAGACAUUUCUCGGAAAGUCCCAAUGGCCUAAUAAACAUGAAAGAUGGUCACAAUGGUGUACAUCUGCAAGCACCACCUGGGCGGAAAAUAUUCUCUCCUGGUAACACAACCCCAACGCGACAACAAUUUAUGCCUGAGAGAUUAAUCUGGAACUACAUAAUCCAACUUUCAUCAGCGUUAAGAAGUAUUCAUUCCAUGAUGAUGGCGUGCAGAGUUAUUGAACCAUCAAAGAUUCUGGUACUAUCAAAUUCAAGGUAACCUCGUUGGGAAGUUAACAAGCCUAUUUAGAACCAUGCGUUAUCGCAGUAGAGACACUACAGGGGUGAGAGUUAUCCUAUGUCCCUACGACCUCUAAUUGUUCAGGGAUGGAUCCAGCAUGAUCUGGAAGGGGGUGCUCUGCCAGCUCUGGUGCCGAGUUGUGUCGGUCAUGUGUGCCGCCCGCCCAUCAAGUUGCUUGACUAUUACAAAGUCUUGCUUGACUACUGUAUUUGAAAGAGAUAUCGUCUUUGGGGCCCUUUAUCUUGUUACCGAUGAUCUAAUUAUAUCAAGGUAUUUUAUAUUAUCUGAUAUAACUGUAUGAUUUCGUAAAUGUUUCACCUGUGACAAGAUAAAUGGCUCUAAACUAAAAACAUAUCAUACAUUGAUGGACUCUAUAGCCAAGGCUGAGGGUAUAUUGAGAAUUACGCUACGCAGGGACGGCGCUGGACCUAGUUAACCUCAAACCGUUACCCUCAUCCAACGUGUUGAGCGGGUCCAAAGGAGGGCAACGAACUACAUUUAAACCUUCCGUACUUGUGCAGUGAGACUUAUCGGGAACGACUUGCCAGUUUGGGCCUCUUACCGCUAUCUUACUGGCAUGAAUACUUGGAUCUCGUGUUCUUUUUCAAAGCGGUGAACAGCUUGGUGGACGUGUCACAUGACGUCCUCCCUGAAGUCCUGUCUCAAACCAGAACGACCAGAUCCUCCAGUGGCAACCAAAUCUCCUUCCGUCCGGCCGAAUGCAAAACCACUACCAACCAACGCUCGUGCAACUAGAACCUGGAACUCUUUACCAACUACACUAAGAUCUCCUGACAUUAAUAUUAGGCAAUUCAAAACUGAUUUACAAACUUGGAAAUCCUGGAAAAUCAAUUUUAGUCAUAGAAAGUCAUGGAAAAUUGAAAUUUUACAUAACAUUGACAAACUAUUUUACUUAUUUCAAUUUACUAGUCAUAACAAUAAUAUGAAUUGUUUAAUUGUUAUAUAACGGAUUUUUGCAAGAGCGAAGUGAAUUUUGUUCUUUUAUUAUAUCUGUUAUCGUUAAAAUAUAAUUAACGAAUUUCAGAAAUUCCAGACUUCCAGGUCAUGGAUUUUGAAAAAAAUGGUCAUGGGAAGUCAUGGAAAAGUCAUGGAAUUUUAAAUGGGAAAAGGUGUACGAACCUUGUCAUUGUCUAGAUGUCUAUUUGUUGUUCUGUUACGUGUUUUUGGCAAAGUUUAAUAAAUAAAUAAAUAGUUGAAUUGGGGUGUAAGAGAUUAAUUUUUAAUCUGUUUCACUCUAUUUUUUGCCCUGUCAAAUUCAUGUUUUCCCGACUACGAAAACAAUUUGCCAACUGGGAUUCACUGUUUUGCCGACUACCUGAUGAGUGAUGACUGGGGGUGUAACCCCCCCCCCGCGCCCCUGACCCUAUACGACCUCGGAGAAUUUCCUUUUAACAUGUCAAAUAGUUUACCGUUAAGCAGAAUUGAGAGUUGCCCUAAGACCUAGAAGGAUUUCCCUUUGAUAUGCACAAUAGUCUGCUGUGCAAUAGUCCGAAUGAAUUCUAAGGUGAUAUGGUAUUUAAUAUUCAGUCAAGAAUUAAACAUCCUUUAGUCCAUUGUGUUUUUCUUUCCUUUACGAAUUCAUUGAAAUUUGGUUUUGUAUUUUCAGGCGACAAUCGUAAUUGAAAAUAAUGGAAUUAUAUGUGUAGUUGUUGAACAGAAAGCAAAGUUUAAGCUAUUAAUAUUUCAUAUCUAUAUUUCAGGUUACGAAUCAAUGGAUGUGGUAUAUUUGAUGUCCUAGAUACAAACAGUAGCACCACUAUGGUUCAGCAUUUUCAGGUGAGAUGAAGAGAUUGUACAUUAUACCGGUCACAUUGUACCUCUCAUUUGGGCGUUCACAUUCAUGUUUUAAAAUUGGGUAAUUCUGGGGUUUAAUAUUUUUUAUUGCUUGUCCUACACCGCCGAGGACAGCAAGCAAUUAUAUCACUCCUUCAUCGUCCCACCACGAAGCUUGAAUGUCAAUAUAUGCAUGUGUGUCGGAUAUCUUGCGUAUACCCAUAAUCUGCAAAAACUCAGUGGUCAGAACGCUGGUGUUCGUUAAAUCACAGACCUUUGGUUCGGUUGAUUAAGUUAAUAUUUCACAACGCUUAUGGAAACAAACAAUUCUGGAAAAACAGUUUGCUAGGAAGGUGAUUUUAGGGAUUCAUGCUCUCAUUGUUCGAUAACUUUACUUUCAUUUAGCAAGAAGAUCUUAUUACGUUUGGAAGACUGAUAUUGAUGCUCGCCUGUUACUCACUCCAGGCUGUAAACCGCGAGAAUAUUCAGCAGUCAAUGGAGUUUAUAAAUCUGAAAUAUUCCAAUGACUUGAAAAAUUUAAUUCUGUAAGUGUUCGUUAGAACUCAGUUUUUAAUUGCAUGCAAUGUACUUCCAUUUUAAUUUGAUCUAUAGUUUUAAGGUUUUAGGUUAAUUUUUGGGAAACAGAAAAUGUUUAGAAUAUGUUUAUUUAUUGGUUAGAGAAGCAUAUUUGCAUAUUUUAGUUCUGAUGACCAAGAACCUCAAAAUGCUGUAGGGGUUCACCGAUAGUGUUCACCGACUGGAUACGUGAUGUUUAUAUAAGAUUCAUGGUUUUUUAUUGGUUAAUUAAAUAAAUCAUUUGAAUUUAUUAUAAAAUACGAAUUAUAAAAUAUUAUAAUAUAAGAACACUCAAGCAUCAGUAUACUGUAUGCAUAAAAGUGAAAUAUGAUAUCAAUAAAGGUAAAUAUGAAGUAUUUCCAUAAAAUCGUGUGACAAGCUAGAAUUUUCGGGAUACCCUUACUAUUAUCGUCGUUGUGGAGGUGCCCUAUUUUACGCGUAAACAAAUGACAAACGAUUCAUCGUUUCAAACGACAAACGAGAAUGGAUGAGUAGUUAACUGGGAUUUUAGAAACGUAUUGUAAGAAAAUUCAAGGUCUGGGUUGUGAGAUCCUUCAAGAGAUCUGUGACUUCGGCUUGACAUAACUUGUAGAAAUGUAUAUUAAAACAUUCAAAUAAUUUUAGAUAUCUUCUGCGGCAACCACCACCAAAUCACGCGAAGAGCAUUAAUGACGUGAUGCCAAUGAUUGGUGCAAGGUUUUAUACUCAAUUAGAUGCUACUCAAGUACGAUGUGAUGUUUUACAAGGUGAACUGGCUAAGGUAAUUUAUACAAUUUCUAUGUACUAUUUAAAACACGAGAAGGAGUGUUUUAUCAUACGACUACAAAAGAAUACUAAUUAGGAUGAACAAUUAUAUAAUUAUACUAAUUAGGAUAAAGAAUUAUAUAAAGAAUACUAAUGAAGAUGAGUUUUAUCAGAUAUAAAGUCACUCCACGUGACAUAUUAUGGCUGACAUGAUUUGCCACAAGGUUUAUGGAUUUUUAAUGAGUAUUUUAAAUAUAUUUUCAAAGUUUUCAGAAUUUCAGUUUCUGAACAGCUUUAAAGUGUUGCCAAGGGAGACGUUUUUACCAACGAAUUAAAAAAAACAUCACUGGAAGAUGGUUAGAGCUUUGUUGAAGAUUGGGAGAAGGCGACUUAACUGGCAGGUUCAAUCCAGUACUUGUUUAGUGUGGCAACAGAUUGCUGAGAAUCGAAUAUGACUGUAUAAAGUCGUUGUAAGGAUGACAUAGAGGUUCAGAUUUAACUUCCACUACCUAUACCGCUACCAUUAACUUUAAGUGACCAUUAACCAAUCAGAUGCGUUUGAUAUAUCCGAUUAGCCAAUCAGAUGCAUUUGAUAUAGUCGAUUAGCCAAUCAGAUACUUGCUAGGCCAGUGAAAGGUAGCGGUUGUGGAAGUCAAAUCUGAACCUCUCUUUUCUCGCAUCCUUGCAUGCAUGCGCAUGCAUGCAGUUGGAUGUGUUGAGCUUUUCUAAUCAUGCUUACUGUUCAUUAUUGUUGAUUUGCAAUCCCAUCAAAUCUUUGUACCGAGUAGAAAAAACCAUACGACUUGUAUAAGCUUAAAAUCACCAUCCCUGUAACACCUGAACAUUUAGGUAUAUGUGAAAUUGUGGGGUUUUUUCAGCGUAUUAAUUUUAUUGUGCUUGCAAAUGUGGACGUUAUCGUCGAAAGCAUUUAGUAUAUAUAAACAUUUCUUUGUAGGAAAUGGAAAACAGUCGCCUUUUCCGCUUGCUGUGCAAGAUGGGAGGUAUUAAUGAACGGCCAGAGUAAGUACAUGCUGUUUGAUAUUUGUCUGGAAUAUUUAUAUUUGCUUGGAUCCGUUUCAUUUUAUACACCCUGCUUAAUGCUCUCGGCGAAACACUUAGAUGUAAAAUACAGAAAUUACAGAACGGAGCGGCAACAGCCGGCAAGGGCGAUCACGAGGUCUAGCUAUGAUAUACCAGUGCGAGUAUAUGUACUUUUACAUACUUUCCGCUGGCAUAACCUUUCUUUAAGACGUAAAAAGGCUAAAAAUUUUGUCUAAUUUUUAAAACACUGAAAGGAAAUACGCCUUCUUAUUUACAAGAUUUCUUUUCAAUUCGCGACACAAGGUACAAUCUAAGGAAUUUUGAAAUGAGUUUGAAUUUGCCCAAGCCAUGAUUGAACAAAUUAUUAAAAUGUUAUAGUGGGGCGCUUUUGUGGAAUAGUCUUCCUCAAGAUAUACGAAAGCUCCAAUCGAUAUCACAGUUUAAGAAAGCUAUAAAUGAGUACUAUAUAUAAUAAUUUAAACGCGAAAUCCCACACGCGACAAUCUUGUAAACCAGUAGUAGACUUAAUUAAUUAGUUCAGAUUUUUUUGUUACUGUAUAUAUGUUUGUUAGAAUAUCUAUAUACUGAAGAUUUCACCGUGUUUAAGUAAAUUUUAAUAGUUUUGUUUGUGGAAACACCACGUAAAUUUAUUACUGCAAAGCUUUCGAUCCGUAAGCCCGGAUCUUCAUCAGUGCUAAUAUUACAAAACUAUUAUAUUUUAUCACCAUGCAAACAUACAAAGAACUUAUAAAUAAAUUUUAUUGUGUUGUUUUAUUGUUGUUGUAUUGAAUCUUGCAUGUAUGUAUAUUCAUGCAUGUUCAUGUGUUGGAACUUCCAUAUGGAAAAUACUUAUAGUUGAUAAAAUCUAAAACUGUGGAGGUCCUGACCGCGGGCCACAACUGUAGGAAACUACAAAGGUAGUCGCGUGCAUAAAACAAGCCAUCAAAACGAUAUUUCGUAAUAAACAAGUCUGGAUUUCUUGGAAUUCCUUGCGUCAGUCAUUUCGUUGUACAGAGCUAUCCACCGCGCGGGUAACGAUUUUUUUAACCUUCGUAAAAAUGCCUGAAAACUGUGAAACACAGUCAAGGACCUCACAAUAAAUAUAAGAAACUGUUCAAUGUAAAAAGACUAAACUUCAAUCUUCCCCAUGGUCAAUUUUAGAGAGUUUGAAAAAAUCGCUAUCCGGUGGAUAUAUAGCAUGCACUAUCUGCAUGGCCUUCGUACAACCGACCCAUGUAAUCUUUUGUUUAGAUACAAUAUGGAUCCAAGUUGGUCAGAAACUGGUGAUCGAUACUUGAUCAAACUAUUUCGAGAUUACUUAUUUCAUCAAGUGACAGAAACAGGAGAACCUUGGCUUGAUAUGUCUCACAUUGUUUCAUCAUUGAACAAGGUAAGAAAAUUGCACAAAUUGAACAAUAAAGUUGCCAUAUAUCAGAUGUUUGUCUAUUUAACCAUGUCGCAGCUUACACCCUUCCGUAAAGUACGUCAUUUUCGCUAUGUAGCCUCGUUGUAGCCAAAAUGACGUACUCUCCGGAAGAGUGUAUACCAUGCACCAACUCAAGGUUUUCUAAAGAACGAAGCAAUCGUUGUGAAUACAAAACCACAUUUAUAUGAGGCAACAACACAAGGCAUCCAGCAUACUUCAUUUUCACUCAUAUUUUCUGUUCCUUUUUCACACCCCACCUAAUUAAAAAGUUAUUCCUAUCCAUUACCAACCUACUUCUUGCGUCAUCGCUGAUCAGCCAAGACGAGAUCUGAGGAUACGUUGUGGGGAAAAUUAGAAAACCAGCCCUCACCAAAUUAACUUGAUCGAUUAAUCAAGUAAUAUGUAUAAACGACAUGCCGUCUAAAGUGGAGGAACCUGCAUACAUGUGUAGUUAUUUGGAAUCUUAUUUUAAAAAAUAAUUUGCAAUGUCAUGUUAGGAAUUUAGUUAACUUGCUUAGUAUAGUUAACUUACUUUACCUAUAAAGUCACUUUGCGUUUUAACCUAAAUAGUAAAUAUCGUAUACACUUCAAUUAUAAUUUUAGUGUGCUCUUUUGCGCGAUGGGGAGUGGUGUCGUGACAGGUUAAUUUUGCUGCAUAUAUAGUAACUAUUGCAUGGUUUACACUUCACGUAUUAUCAUUUUUUCUAGCUUGAUUCUGGAUCUCCGGAAAAGAUUUGUUUAAUAUCACGAGAUGAGCAGAGUGUUCUGGUUGUGUCUUACCGUGAUCUCAAGGAGUGCUUUGAUGGUGCGUUUAAGGAAUUAACAUCAUCAAGCUAA